AUUUAUAAAAUUCAAACGGCGUCGCUGCAUCAAAUCCCAAAUUCAAGAAACGGCGACGUUUACAGUCAAGCUUAAACCCGCGAGGUCAAGGGUUUAGUAUCUUGAUUUCUUCUCAUCAGCCAUGUUUGGGUCGAGAGGUCUCUGCUGCUGUAGCAGAAUCUGGAAUCAUUCUCUGUUUCUGAAACGUUCUGGGAGCUUCCGAGCUAGUUUCGCGACCAAUUCCGUAGUAGCGAAGCAGAAACGGGUCGGGACGCAUAAUGGAACAUUCCACUGCGACGAAACCUUAGCUUGUUUCAUCCUUCGUCUUUCAAAUAGAUUCUCCGAUGCUCAUAUCGUACGAACCAGAGAUCAUGAGGUUUUGGAGAAGCUUGAUGCGGCACUUGAUGUUGGAGGUGUGUAUGAUCCUCAGAGUGAACGUUAUGACCAUCACCAGAAAGGAUUCACUGAAGUGUUUGGGAACGGGUUUAACACUAAACUCAGUAGUGCUGGCCUUGUUUAUAAGUGUGUUCAUUUUCACGCGAAAUCGUGGUUACCAGCUCGGUCAAUUGUAAUGGAGUGUCUUGCAAAACGGUAUGACAUAGACUCCACUGGAGAAAUUAUGAAGCUCAGUAAACAAUGCCCAUGGAAACUCCAUAUAUUCGAGCUCGAGGAAGAAAUGAAGAUUGAUCCUAACAUAAAAUAUGUUCUUUACCAGGAUGAUAGAAGUGAAAAUUGGAGAAUCCAAGCGGUUUCGGUUACACGAGACAGGUUUGAGAGCCGUAAAGCUUUGCCCUUAUCAUGGAGAGGUCUAGAAAAGGAGAAGCUCUCUGAGGAAAGUUCAAUUCCAGGAUGUGUUUUUGUGCACAUGAGUGGUUUCAUUGGUGCAAACCGGACAUAUGAAGGUGCCUUAGCGAUGGCAAGAGCCUCUUUGAUGGGUUAGAGUCUAUGCAUAACCAAAGAUUAGUUCUUUGGAUUGAAAUGGGUCCUCUAAGUGGCCAAGUCACAAAAUCAUGAAAAACAGUUUUCGUAUUAAUUUGUUUGUUUUCUAUAUAUAUAUGAAAUUUCUAUUGGGAAA